UACAUAUAUAUUUGAGGAAACACACACUCUCGGAUUUCUACCGCAAGUGACAAAAGAAUGGAGCGGAAACAAAGAGGGAAGGAUAAGUGUGAACGAAUGAAUAAAAUAGCAGCUUGUUUCUCAGCUCAUUCUUUCUCCCGCUCUCCCGGGACAAUUGGAGGGGGGCAGAAUUGGUGGCGAACAACAAGCAUCCCUGAAUUCUCAUUGGCUCCCUCUCCUCCCAAUGUGACCUGUUAAAUCCAUCCAUUACUGCUCUGUAGCUCGCCCCCCCUCCUCUCCUCGCUCUCUCUCCGCUGCCUCUGCCUCUGCCUGGUGUGUGUGUGUGUGUGUGUGUGUGUGUGUGGAGGGAAAGCGGAUUAACGCACACGCCGAGCCAUGUGGGCUGAGGCGCUCACCUACACGAGACCGAGAGACGGGGAAUGCUCAUUCUGCCGCAACAGUCCAGUUUGACGGAUUCGGCACAUUUCAGGAAGUGAAGAUCUGUUGGUUUAUAUCCAUUGAACUUUUUGUGGGGUUGUAUUUUAUUUUAUUUUUUGCAUCCUCGGACAGAUGAGUUAUUAGGCUCGCUGGCUUUUGUUUUUUGUUGUGAACGGGAAUUGCACCAUGCAGCCCCUGUCAGUACGCAGAGCUAUUCUGAUUGGCUGAUCUUUGUGGUACAAAAACAGCAGGAUUGGUCCUGUGUUGGCUCCUUGGUUUGGGAUGUUGUUGAUGUUGUUGUUCAGCUUUGAUUUAAUUUGAGAGUCCUUCCAUAUUUAUUUGUUGUUUUUAAUCAUUCUGAGGAUCUCUUUUUUUUUUCUUACCGAAUUUGAGUACUUCACUCACUGUAUUUAUUACCGGGAUCCAGAUUUAAGUCUCAGAGACAGUUUUUUAAAUUUAUUUUUAUCUUAACAUCCACACCAAAACGGCAGACCCCACAAUGCCGAGCCGUGAGUCGCACAUCAUUAAAAGGGGCAAGAAGCAGUCACGCAGGCGAGCCGAGAAGGAAACGACUCCGAAGGGCUCUUUGUUUACAGCGGCUCUUGGUUUAAAUGUCAGCCCCGACUCCCCUGCUUCCACCUUCUGGCGACCAAUCAGAUCUUUUGCCCUUUCGCAGCUCACAUCGCUGGUGCGGCGGGCCACGCUGAGGGAGAGCGACUUGGCGCCCAAUUACGAGAAGGUCCACAACUUCAAGGUUCAUACAUUCAGGGGACCACACUGGUGCGAGUACUGUGCCAACUUCAUGUGGGGUCUCAUCGCUCAAGGAGUCAAGUGUGCAGACUGUGGGUUGAACGUCCACAAGCAGUGCUCCAAAGUCGUGCCCAACGACUGCCAGCCGGACCUGCGGCACGUCAAGAAGGUGUACAGCUGCGACCUGACCACGCUGGUCCGAGCCCACAACACCAAGAGACCCAUGGUGGUGGAUAUGUGCAUACAGGAAAUCGAGGCUAGAGGUCUGCAGUCAGAGGGUUUGUACAGAAUAUCGGGCUUCAGUGAGCUGAUUGAAGAUGUGAAGCUGGCCUUUGACAGAGACGGAGAAAAGGCCGACAUUUCCUCAAGUGCUUACGAGGACAUCAACAUCAUCACUGGGGCCCUCAAACUGUACUUCAGAGAGCUGCCUAUCCCCCUCAUCACAUAUGACGCCUACCCACGCUUCAUAGACACCGCAAAGAUCACAGACCCCGAAAAACGUCUGGAGUCUCUCCACGAGGCCUUGAAGCUGCUGCCGCCAGCUCACUGCGAAGCACUGCGAUACCUCAUGGCUCACCUCAAGAGGGUGACCCAGUGCGAGAAGGACAACCUCAUGUCCAGCGAGAACCUGGGCAUCGUCUUCGGGCCGACACUUAUGAGGGCGCCCGACCUGGACGCCAUGACGGCGCUGAAUGACAUCCGAUAUCAGAGACUGGUGGUGGAAGCGCUCAUUACCAACGAAGACGUGCUGUUCUGAGCGGAAAAGCGAAGGAAACGAUUCUUCUCCUGAGGAGAGGAAGGACGGAGGGAUCGUGGAAGAUGCUCAAGACAGUACGCAUUGUGAAAAGAUGGAGAAAACCCUGUUGACUUUUGACGAGGACAUGAAGGAGAAACUUGAAAGAUUGGAGAGAAUAAUAGGACACGUCUGUGUGGAUAAAAGGAGCAAUGAAGGAGGAACAAAAAAAAGAAACUGUGGAGAUGGAAGGACGCAGUGUUUCCCUACAUAUUUUUAUGAAGUCAAAGUUAAUACACAAACUUGAAGCUUUCAAAAUGUUAUUACUAUACCGGGAAGGACAUUUUCCAGCCUUACUCGACAGAGAAAAAGACUUAUUAUGUUUUCUUUAUGAUCUGGGAGAAAAGAGAAAAGUGGCAUUUUUACCAACAGUACUUUGUUUCUGUUGGGGAAACACUGCGAUCCAUCUUCAUGUUCAUAUCUUCUCUUUCUUAAACGGAUGCCUUGGUAUUUUCCUUUUUUAUAGUUAGUUCUGUUAGGCUGUUUGGGGAGAAAGAAAAUCAUGGUGAAGAUCAAUCCAUGGUGUCCGUGAAGUCCUCCCUGAGAGUAGAAGGAGAUGAAGCACUGAUGUCAUUACAGUAGACAGCUGCCUGAAUGAAUGAGUGACUUGGACCUAUUGUGUUUUCGUUCCCUUUUCCAAACUUUUUUUCGUAACUUUACACCUCCCGCAUGUGCUCCAUUGACUGAUGUGUAAUUAUACAGUAAGCCUACACUAACAUGGUUGCUGUUUUUAGUUGCUAACAUAGAAAAUGCCCACUAAACCCUUUUUUCAUGUCAUAUUAUAAGCUUUGUUUAAGAAAUGUUUUUCCAGAUUUGUUCCCUGUGUAAUUACACUCAGUAUUGGAGCUGUGAAUUGAAUGAUAACGUAUUUUUCAAGUGUUUCUGAACCAAUCCCAUGUGAUCCCACUUCUCCACCUGACUGCUUUGUCUCGCCGAAGGUGAAAACCAUUCCAAAAAUGACACCGCCAUGCAGAGAGGGAGACACGAUGCAAGUGACUUGAAACGUAUAUGUGAAACAGUGCAUUGUGUUGUUUUUGCUUAGGUUCGUCUUUUAUUGUUUUUUAUAAAGCAGUAUUGUACUCAGUCAGUGUUAUAAAGCAAAGUGUGCGAUUUUUAACAGAUUGAAACACACGAAUAAUAAAUUCCAACGCAUCUUCUCUCUUUGGCCUGAGUCGGAUUUAAUUGUAAAAGCCACAAAGUGUGGGAUGCUCUGGUGCUGACGGUGGUGGUUUUUGAAUGCCGGAGUAUUUGAAAAGCUAAAAUGGUGUCUCAUCCCAAAGAUGUUCGAUAAAACAAAAGCCACUUGUGUUAAUUACUCGGCUUGUAAGUGGUGUUUGGCACUUCCCUGCCUCACCAGUUGACAGUGAGGUCACAUUGUGACUCCACCGAAAUAUCCAGCACCAACCAUUAAACAACGGCCUGUGAAAGAAAGCCAGUUGGAUUUGAUUUAGUUGAUCCAUUUUUUAAUUGUUAACUUCUGCCUUCUACAGACGGUGAGAUUUUCCUUUGCAAUCAAAUGCUAUACAGAUGACAAGAGUCUUAUACGGAUGUUACUCAUAUGUGCUAUGACAGUGUAUUUGUUUUUUUAAAUUAGUGCCAUUUGUAAAGGUGGAGGUGUAGAGUGGAUGCCUUCUACACUCAACUAACACCGCUAAACAGCCUCUUCAUAUUUAUUUCUACCCCCAUUUCUGUCGGGGGUCACUGACUUAUCUAUUCCUAAUGCGUUUAAUUUGCAAAGCAGCGUGGAUGAAACAUGCUCCAAGAUCCACAGUUACAGUCGUGAAGAAUCAAGGGCACCAGUGCUGCUUUGGCUGUAAUAUAAGAAGACAUCAGCAUUUUCCCAGCGAAUAGUGGCAAUGUUUCUGUCUUUCACACGUUCUUCAUUUUUUACCGCCGUGUCUGACUUUCUGUUGUUCAUUCCUCCCAGGGUGACGUGUAACCCUGCUGAUUUAACCAUGUACUAACUACCAUCACACUAAUCCAAGUACAACUUAUGAGCCUUCGGUGAUCUGUGACGCUUGCUUUUUUGGGGGGGCAUCAUGAAAUGUGUUCUUUUUGUCUUUCUUUUUUUAUUGUCAUUGAUGUAAAGAAAUUUCUAUAUGGUUUAUGCAUGGUGGAAUUAAAUUAUUAAGUAUG